AAUCUGUAGAAAGUUUAAAGUUUAAAACACUGGAGACUCAUAAAAAGACGAGAAACUUUACUAUUUGUUUAUUCCUUGGUCUCCACUAUAAACCAUUAUUGAAUGAUGUACAUUUGUAAGUGCAUGUAGAUAUAUAUGCAAAUACUGUAUAAUAAAAGUAUUCACGGAUGCAUUGUAAGAAAAAGGCAGAGUGAAGAGAGAAGUGAGAUUUGAAUAACUUCUCCACCACUGCUAAAAACAGCUCAAAGAAGCAUUGGCUUCACGUGACAUCUUACCUGUUACUGUCCGUGACCAACAACUUGGAUAAUUCAUGCCAUUACUAAUCUUGAGUUGCAAACUUUCUUCUUCGAUUUGAUUCGAUCAUGGUCCCUUCUUGUUGUUUCUAUGCGUUCUUUUUACUGGUGAUUACUUUCUACUUGGUUUCUCCCGUGAGAUCAAGCGACGUUGAAGCUCUACUGAGUUUGAAAUCAUCCAUUGAUCCAUCAAACUCAAUUCCAUGGCGAGGAACAGAUCUUUGCAACUGGGAAGGUGUCAAAGAAUGCAUUAACGGAACAAGAGUCUCAAAGCUUGUUCUUGAGAAUCUGAACCUCACUGGCUCACUAAACGAGAAGAGCUUGAACCAGUUAGACCAGCUUAGAGUCCUUAGUUUCAAAGGCAACUCUCUAAAUGCCUCAGUCCCUAACCUCUCUGGUUUGGUCAACCUCAAGUCUCUUUUCCUCAACGACAACAACUUCUCCGGCGAGUUCCCUGAAUCACUGACGUCUCUCCACCGACUCAAAACCAUUGUCCUUGCCGGAAACAGGCUUUCCGGACAGAUCCCUAGCUCGCUGCUCCAUCUCUCACACCUUUACACGCUUCACCUCCAGGACAAUCUCUUCUCCGGAUCCAUUCCUCCUCUCAACCAAACAACUAUUAGAUUCCUUAACGUCUCUAACAACCAGCUCUCUGGCCCUAUCCCGCUGACGCAAGCCCUGAAGCAGUUCAAUGAGUCUUCUUUUACAGGAAACAUAGCUCUAUGCGGAGAUCAGAUUCAAAACUCCUCAUGCAGAAGAGUCUCUUCCAAGCCUUCAGCAAUUCCAGCGAUGUCUAUAGCCAACAAAACAAAGACCAAAACAAAGCUCAUUGUAAUCAUUGUCGGAAGCAUCAGUGGGGGUAUUGUGAUACUUCUCCUGGCAUUGCUUGUUCUGAUACGAAGACAGAAGCUAACCAAAUCCAAGAGAGAAGAGUGCAUAAGCAAAGCAGUGGGAGAGUCAGACAGAGCAACAGAAGGUGACAGGAGAAACAACAAAAGGUUCUCAUGGGAGAAAGAUGAAGAAGGAUCAUCAGUGGGGACUCUGGUUUUCUUGGGGAGAGGUGAACCAGACACCACGGCGGUGAGAUACAGCAUGGAUGAUUUACUCAAAGCUUCAGCUGAGACGUUAGGAAGAGGAACGAUAGGGAGCACUUACAAGGCCGUGAUGGAGUCUGGUUUCAUCGUGACUGUCAAGAGGCUUAAGGACGCGGCAGGGUUUACUCGAAUGGAGGAGUUCAAGAGACACGUUGAGAUCCUUGGGAGGCUCAAGCACCCUAACUUGGUGCCUCUCAGAGCCUACUUCCAAGCCAAAGAAGAAUGCUUGCUCGUCUACGAUUACUUCCCCAAUGGAAGUCUCUUCUCUCUUAUCCAUGGAAGUAGAGUUUCUGGGAGUGGGAAGCCUCUUCACUGGACGUCAUGUCUGAAAAUAGCUGAGGAUUUGGCAAUGGGUCUUGUCUACAUUCAUCAGAAUCCCACCUUAGUUCACGGGAACUUGAAGUCCUCCAAUGUUCUGUUAGGUCCUGACUUUGAGUCAUGCCUCACGGACUACGGUCUGAGAGAUCUCCAUGAUCCUCAAGACACAAGCGCUUCCUCUCUCUUCUACAAAGCUCCUGAGUGCAGAGACUCACGCAAGGAAACGACACAACCCUCUGAUGUCUACAGCUUUGGGGUCCUCCUUCUAGAGCUUCUAACAGGUAAAACUUCAUCAUUCCAUCAACACGGGUCUGAUAUCUCCAGAUGGGUGCGCGCGGUGAGAGAGGCAGAGACUGAAUCCGGCGAGGAGAUGAAUUCUUCUGAGGAGAAACUUGAAGCUCUUUUGAGCAUUGCCACGGCUUGCGUGGCUGUUCAGCCUGAAAAGCGGCCUGUGAUGAGAGAGGUGUUGAAGAUGGUGAAGGAUGCAAGAGCCGAAGCAGUAGUGUUGUCAUCUUACAGCAGUGAUUAUUCACCUGGGAGAUGGUCAGAUACGGUUCAGAGCUUUCCAAGGGAGGAUCAUAUGAGCAUAUGAAGCAAAGUUUGUGCGCCUUCUCUCCAUCGUUGAAAUAGAACUAGGGGUUCAUGCAAUCUGCUUCAGUCUUUUUCAUGCUUACCAAAAACAAAAGAAAUGGAAGUAUAUGUAUACAUUCUAUUGGAUUUAAAUUGCAUGAAUAUUACACACUC